AUGGACAAUCCUGUUGAUAUUGAAACCGUAAUUAACGGAGAUAUACAUGAGCAUAAUACAGUGCCUGUGGCACAUCCAAUAAAUAACGAAGAGAAUAAAGAUGAAAUCAUCCCUGAUACUGCAACCUGUCGUAUAUGUAGAGGUGAAUCUACGCCUGAUAAUCCAUUAUUCCAUCCAUGUAGAUGUAAAGGUUCCAUCAAAUAUCUACAUGAACCGUGUUUAUUGGAAUGGAUUAACGCAAGACAUAUUGAUAUCAACAAACCAGGCACUUCUGUAGAGUGUGAUAUUUGCCAUUAUCCAUUCCAGUUUAAGACAACAUAUGACGAUGAUAUGCCAGAAAAGAUACCGUUAUCUCUAGUAAUUGUUAAUUUUUUUUAUGAUAUGCUUUCUGGACUCCAUUUUCUUGCUACAUCCUUAGCUUUCGUAAUAUUAAUUGGAUUUGGAUUUCCAUUAAUGUGGAACUUUUUUGGUAAAUUCUAUACAUUCAUAAUGGAUGGUAAAAUGCCAUACGAAAGAAAUUUAACGAAAAGUAUGAUUUUUGGUUACGAGGAAAAUGUACCAGAUGAUUAUACAUAUACUGCUGCGUUCACAGCGCUAUUAUACAAUCAUAUUUUCUCAACGUGGCAAAUUGUGUUUACUGUUAUUUUACACUUAGCAAUCUACUUUCAGUACGAUAUGAUAGUUAGAGAAGAUAUUUUUAACAAGAUGAUAUUUCAUAAGAUUGGUCCAAAUCUGUCAAUCGAUGCUCUAAAGGCUCGCUUAAGAGAAAGAUUCCCUAUGAUUGAUAAUGAAACAUUGGAGCAUGUUGCAAGGAUUGUAUCGCAGAGAGAAAUCAGGGAAAAUGAAAUGAGAAAUCUCCAAAAUGUAGAAGAUGAAGAUGCAAACAUUAUACCAGAUGAACAAAUCGAACAUCUAGAAGAAAAUAUUGAUGACGAAAGCGACGCUGAUUUUGUUCCAAGUGAAAACGAAACUCAAAGUGAUUCAGAUUUAUCAAUUGAUGACACUGUUAUCAAUGAAGAUGAGCAAAUGAGACAAGAGGUUGAGAGGGGGGUUGAAGCAGAUAAUUUUCAGUUAGAGCACCCAAUUGAUGACAUGGUUAACCUGCAAGCACAAAGACAAUUUGACGACAUUUUAGACCGUCAUAGAAACUUAAGAGCUCAGAAUAUUCCAGCAGCUCAACCUGAGAAUCUGGAGGCAGCAGAGGGUAUUCCUGAUAGACCAGUAUUACCACAAGAUGAUCCAGUUAUCAAUCCAUUUGCUAAUGCAGAUUUUGGUGUACCUGAUAAUGAAAACGAGGAAGGUCGUCAACUAGGCCCACUUUGGAUCAACUUACAAAUUAAGUUGAGUAAUAUAUUUAUUUACUACGGGCUUUGUGUUGUUUUUGUUUUUCUUUACCUUCUGAUAGCCUAUGCUCUCCCAACUAGUGUGGGUUCUAUAUUGAUGAGGCUUUACUAUGUUAUUUUUCUAUUGGCAUACAGUUCUGUUUGGUAUUCGAUCCAUUAUUGCAAACUUAAUCAAGGGUACGAAGCACUUUUAAAGAAUAUUCCUGGUUUAGCAUACGGUAUUGAUUUUAUUUCAGAAACCCUAGUACAGCCUUUAUUGAAUUUUGUUUCUGCAUAUUACUCGGCAACAUCUAAAAAUUCGACUUAUGUCAGGGCAAUACCAUCAGCUGUAACAUUUUUGACAGCCAUUACAAUUAUUUGUGUGUCUUCUGAUGUGUUAGGAAAGGGGUACUCUCGAUAUCAUAGCAUGAACGAUAAAAACAGAAGAUUUGCAUUCCAAUUAUUAUUUGCAUUGAAAUGUACAUUUAAAGUGUUUAUUAUUUUCUUCAUUGAGCUAGCUGGAUUCCCUAUUCUUGCUGGUGCCAUGUUAGAUUUUUCAUUAAUUGCACCAAUUUUAGGUAAUACUGGUGAUUUAUUAUUUUUCCCAAGCAUAAGUUAUUUCAAUUUUCAAACAUUCUGUGUGUAUUGGCUAGUAGGUACCUUAUAUAUGUACUGGUUUGCUCAAUAUAUUGGUAUGAUAAGAAAGGAUAUCAUUAGACCGGGCGUCCUAUUUUUUAUUCGUUCCCCUGAUGAUCCAAAUACUAAGAUAUUACAUGACAGUCUAAUCCAUCCAAUGGGUGCACAAUUAUCUAGAUUAUUUCUAUCGAUGUUCAUUUACGCUGUGUUCAUCAUUUUAGGGUUCGGUUUCCACACCAGAGUAUUGUUUCCGAUAAUCUUAAAAUCUCAAAUUUUGGAGACUCCCGAAGGUUUCCUAAAUGGUUAUGUUUUUAAUCUAGCCACACUGUUGAUCAUUUUUUAUUUUAGCAAAAGAAUAAUUGAAGCCAAUCCCAACGUAAAUGUCCUGGUAAAGAACUAUUGGGCUAAAAUUUUCGAAGUUUCUUCCAGAAAGUUACGUCUUUCAUCUUUUAUCUUAGGUACAGACUAUGCCUCUGAAAGGGGCCAUAUCAUUUACAGGAAUAUUUUUUACAAGUUGUUUUCUUCAAGAAAGGCACAAUGGUCCAACCCAGAUUUGUAUAGCAGCCCAAAGACUCAUUCGGAGGCUAUGAAACUUUUCAAGGAAGAUCAAUCUAUUCAUGCAUAUUUUGUUCCCGAUGGAUUAUUGAUGCGUGUUCCAUCUUCCGACAUUGUUUCUCGAAAUUAUGUUCAAACUAUGUUUGUUCCAGUUACAAAAAGUGACAAACUAUUGAAGCCACUUGAUUUGAAGAGAUUGAAGGAGCGUAACUUGAAAAAUGCAGGUGAGUUUGGUUAUCUAGAUCAACAAAAUACUGAUUUUGAUGAAUAUUUUAUUUGCUAUGUUCCUCCUAAUUUCACUGCAAGAUACACAUGCUUGAUGAUCCUAAUGUGGUUUUUUGCUUCUGUUCUAAUUAUUAGUACUGCUAUUUCAGCCCAAUACAUUUUUAACACCUUAACUGUAGUUUUUGUCUUACUUCCAUUAAAACUAUUCGGAUUUUAUUCAUCUUAUUUAUCUUUGAUGAAAAUUGUGCUCGUCUGUUAUAGACAAAUUAAUGUUCAGUAUGUGUGUCUAGGUGCUGUUAUUAUGUCAUUUAUGUUAGACUACUAUAAAAAACAUCAUUUAUCGAAAUUAUUCUUCGAACGCAUGAAUGCAGAAGAGAUUCCUAAUGAAAUGCAAGAAAAUCAAGAAAAUGAACAAGAAAAUGUUGUCGGACAAGAUAUCGGUGUACGUCCAGAACUGGAAGAGUUGGUUCUUAAUAAUUUUAUAUCAAAAUUUGUUAUUGGGCCUGUACUGGUGUGCGUGUAUGGUGUGAUUGACUACAUGGUUUUCGGUUUUGUUGGUAACCUUGUUCUUCGUAUAUGUAUUGCAUAUGUCAUAUUCCUUGUAACAGGGAAACCAAUGGACGUAGCUCGCACUCAUCAUGAUAUUGAUUCAAAGCUGUAUUUUUGCGUUAAUUCAUUGUUUUUGCGUUCAAUUAUUGUUAGAUGCAUUAAGAUUGUGAGUGGUAUACGGAGAAAUAGAAAUAGAAGGUUUAUUACAGCAUGUAAAGAACAAUGGCUCAAUAUUAUUAAACCUUACUUUACAUUUGUUUUACGUUGCUAUGUUAUAUUUUUCUCAAUUGUACUUUUGACAACAGUUUUAGAUUAUACUAUGGACACUGUAAAAUAUAGUUCAUUUAUGGAUGCUUUGAAAUUUAUUAGUAUUGGUAGAUUAAGAUAUGAAAAUGCUAACGUGCCGUGGACAUUUGCGGAACAUUUGACAUUUAUUUUAGUAAUUGCAUUUGUAUCCUCUUAUAUGCUAUCCGAGUUGUAUGCAUCGGUAAACAAACGGUUCUUAGUGUUCACUCAGAAUGUAAAGGACGAAGUUUACGCUAAGGGGAGAUCAUUAGAAAAUUAUGGAGCAGAUACAGCUCAAGAAAAUGCAUAA